AGCUGGUGGAGGGGCGGCUGGAGGGGUAGGGGCAGCGGCCGGCCACCAACGCAAAGGGAGGUCUUGAAGGAUCUGGCUGGCUCUUCGCGCGUUCACUCCUGUGUUGGUCUCGCUACCCAUGGCAACUAGAGGCUAGGGUUUAUGGGACCCUCGGUUGUGGGGUUCCAAGGGUUGGCAAUUAAUCCUCUGAUUCAGAGAUUUCGACACCUGUCUUCAGUACUCAGGGGGUUGGUAGGUUCAGUGUUUAGGAUGCCAAGGGAACCUGUCUUUUGAUUCGCGAUUCAACAUAUAGAGGUUUAGGUAGAAGUCACCAUCAUGCUCAAAGCUGUGAUCCUGAUUGGAGGCCCUCAGAAGGGGACUCGCUUCAGACCUUUGUCUUUUGAGGUGCCCAAACCACUGUUUCCUGUAGCUGGAGUCCCAAUGAUCCAGCACCAUAUUGAGGCCUGUGCCCAGGUCCCUGGGAUGCAGGAGAUUCUACUUAUUGGCUUCUAUCAACCAGAUGAGCCCCUUACCCAGUUCCUAGAAGCUGCCCAGCAGGAGUUUAACCUUCCAGUCAGGUACCUUCAGGAAUUUGCACCCCUGGGCACAGGGGGUGGUCUCUACCAUUUUCGGGACCAGAUCCUGGCUGGAGGUCCUGAGGCUUUCUUCGUGCUCAAUGCUGAUGUCUGCUCCGACUUCCCCUUGAAUGCUAUGUUGGCUGCCCACAGACGAGACCGUCACCCUUUCUUACUCCUGGGCACCACGGCUAACAGGACACAGUCCCUCAACUAUGGCUGCAUUGUUGAGAAUCCACAGACGCACGAGGUCCUGCACUAUGUGGAGAAACCCAGCACAUUUAUCAGUGACAUCAUCAACUGUGGCAUCUAUCUCUUCUCCCCUGAUGCCCUAAAACCUCUUCGGGAUGUCUUCCAGCGCAAUCAGCAGGAUGGGCAACUGGAGGACUCUCCUGGCUUGUGGCCGGGGGCAGGUACCAUCCGCCUGGAGCAGGACGUGUUCUCAGCCCUGGCAGGACAAGGCCAGAUAUAUGUGUACCUCACUGACGGUAUCUGGAGCCAGAUCAAGUCUGCAGGUUCAGCCCUCUAUGCCUCCCGCCUCUAUCUGGGCCGUUAUGAAUUCACUCACCCAGAACGGCUGGCCAAGCAUACCCCAGGAGGUCCACAAAUCAGAGGUACCCACCCUGCCCUAAUUCUUAACCUUUGCCCUCUUCCCCAUCCCUUUCUGCCCUCUGAGCCAGGACUCCUGACCUCAGGUCCAGAGUUGAAGUCUCAAUCCCUGCCCCUUCCCAUCCAGAUAUGGUUUGGGGUAUUUGGCCCCAGGGCCUCUCUUCUGCUUCUAGGAAAUGUUUACAUCCACCCAACAGCUAAGGUGGCCCCAUCGGCUGUGCUGGGUCCCAAUGUCUCCAUUGGCAAGGGGGUGACCGUGGGUGAGGGUGUGCGUCUCCGGGAGAGCAUUGUCCUUCAUGGAGCUACGUUACAGGAGCACACAUGUGUCCUGCACAGCAUCGUGGGCUGGGGGAGCACCGUGGGACGCUGGGCCCGCGUGGAGGGUACCCCCAAUGAUCCCAACCCCAAUGACCCCCGAGCCCGCAUGGACAGUGAAAGCCUCUUCAAAGACGGAAAGCUGCUGCCUGCCAUCACCAUCCUGGGCUGCCGCGUCCGGAUCCCUGCUGAGGUGCUCAUCCUGAACUCAAUUGUUCUGCCACACAAGGAGCUGAGCCGGAGCUUCACCAACCAGAUCAUCCUCUGAGAGGGCCUGCCAGAGGCCCCCUCAACUCCCACCGGCUCCUCUGGAUGCUGCUUUCUGUUUGGCCAGCCUCUGUUCCCAGAAAGACCAGAGGAAGCCAGGCAGGACCUUCACAUUCGGGGAGCAAUGUGGGUGGCCGGGGACUCCUAGCUUCCCUCCCCAUUCCCUAAUAAACCCGGCGAACCUUGGA